AUGGAGAACCAGAACCACGUGUCUGGUCAAUGCAACAAGCCCAUGAGUAAGCCUGCUCAUGCCCUGGACCGCGAGACCUUGGUCAAGGAAUUGGGCGCCGACGCCGAAAAUGGCUACUCAAAGUCGCAGGCCAACGACAAGCUGAAUGAAUUUGGCCGCAAUGAACUCGACGAUGGUCCUGGAGUGCAACCGAUCAAAAUUUUCAUUCGGCAGGUUGCCAACGCUAUGAUGUUGGUUCUGAUCAUGGCCAUGGUCGUUUCAUUCGCGAUCAAGUCCUGGAUUGAAGGCGGUGUGGUCGCUGCCGUUAUCGCACUCAACAUCAUUGUCGGAUUUCUGCAGGAGUUCAAGGCAGAGAAGACGAUGGACUCUCUACGCUCCUUGAGCUCUCCCACUGCUAACGUUGUCCGCGACGGAAGCACCAUCAACGUUCCUACAGCCGAGAUUGUUGUGGGAGAUCUGGUGGAAUUGAAAGUUGGCGAUACAGUUCCGGCUGAUCUCAGGAUCAUUGACUCUAUCAAUCUCGAAACGGAUGAAGCUCUUCUGACAGGUGAAUCGUUGCCAGUCGCCAAGGACGAGGAGACCAUCUUCGACGAGGAUACCGGACCUGGCGAUCGACUGAACGUUGUUUACAGCUCUUCGACCGUUACCAAAGGCCGAGCGCGAGGGAUAGUAUACGCCACGGGCAUGUACACAGAGAUCGGUUCCAUCGCGCAAAGUCUGAGACAAGAGAAAUCUCGUCGUCGCCCUGUGAAACGAAAGGACGACGGUACCGCUUCUCCACUACGCCAUGCCGAAGCGUGGACUUUGACUGUGACGGACUUCAUCGGGACCUUCCUCGGAGUCAAUAUCGGCACUCCGCUGCAGAGAAAGCUCUCACGCUUGGCCCUGCUCUUGUUUGGUAUCGCCGUCGUGUGCGCCAUUAUCGUCUUGGCCGCCAACGACUUUUCCAAUCGCUCCGAAGUCAUUAUCUACGCGGUUGCCACUGGUCUCAGUAUGAUUCCUGCAUCACUUAUCGUGGUCCUGACCAUCACUAUGGCAGUAGGCACCAAACAUAUGGUACAGAGGCACGUUAUCGUCCGCAACCUCAAGUCCUUGGAAGCCCUCGGGGCUGUCACUGAUAUCUGCUCUGACAAGACUGGCACUCUGACCCAAGGAAAGAUGGUGGCGAAGAAGGCAUGGAUUCCCAGCCGUGGCACCUACUCUGUGGGUAUCUCGAGUAACCCUUUCGACCCAACAGCUGGCAGUCUCGCGCAUUCUACCGAGUUGCCUGCAAAAGGUCUUCCCGAGAGCGAAUCCCUCAGUGAGGAUGAAUCCACCCCUAUGACUACUCUGUUGGAAGGCAACGAGGACUUGGAAGCUUUCCUUGCGGUCGCUGGACUGUGCAAUGUUGCUAGAGUCCACAAGAACAAUGAUGGGGACUGGACAGCACUUGGCGAUCCAACUGAGAUCGCUCUUCAGGUUUUCGCCUCCCGUUUCGACCGCAAUCGCCAUGGACUCGUUGAUGGAGAAAGUGCGAAGUAUAAGCAGGUCAGCGAAUAUCCCUUCGACUCGGAUGUGAAGAAAAUGUCCGUCAUAUUUGAGGAUCGGAAGACCCAGGAGCAAAAGAUCUACACGAAAGGAGCCGUCGAGAGAGUUCUGGACUCUUGCGUUUCGGUUGUGUGGGAUGACGGUCAGACUGUCGACUUCUCGGACGCGCUGAAAGAGAAAGCUCUGGAGAUCAUGGAGGCUCUCGCUUCGCAAGGUCUUCGUGUGCUUGCUCUGGCUUCCCGUGAGUAUGAUCCCCGCAGCGGCCGGCGGGCAUCUCGCGAUGGUCCUCCUCCCCGAGACGAGAUUGAGCGUGAUCUCACUUUUCGUGGCCUCAUUGGCCUCUACGACCCACCGCGACCCGAAUCUGCUGAAGCUGUGAAACGAUGCCAUCGCGCUGGCAUCAAAGUUCAUAUGCUUACUGGUGACCACCCUGGAACGGCCAGCGCCAUCGCCAAGCAGGUACACAUUCUUCCAGACAUGACGAAGGUAUCAGCCGACGUUGCAAAGAGUAUGAUCAUGACAGCCAAGGAAUUCGACAAGCACACCGAUACAGAAAUCGAUCAGCUACCAGUCCUACCUCUGGUGAUUGCUCGGUGUGCUCCCAAUACUAAGGUUCGCAUGAUUGAAGCUCUCCGCCGUCGAGAAGCCUUCAUGGCAAUGACUGGCGACGGCGUCAACGACUCUCCGUCUUUGAAGAUUGCUGAUGUGGGAAUCGCCAUGGGUAUGGCAGGAUCGGAUGUGGCCAAGGACGCUGCGGACAUCGUUUUGACUGACGACAACUUCGCUUCCAUCCUCAACGCUAUUGAAGAAGGAAGACGUAUGUUCGACAACAUUCAAAAGUUCAUCCUACACCUUCUGGCCGAGAACAUUGCUCAAGCGUGCACACUACUCAUUGGUCUGGCUUUCAAAGACCGCACAGGUCUCUCAGUCUUUCCCUUGGCACCCGUGCAGAUUCUCUGGGUCAUCAUGAUAACGUCUGGCAUGCCUGACAUGGGAUUGGGCCUGGAAAUUGCGGCUCCCGACAUUCUUGAGAGGCCUCCGAUGCCAUUGAAAGUGGGGGUCUUCACCUGGGAGGUCUGCUUUGAUAUGCUCGUGUACGGUCUCUGGAUGGCCGCACUCUGCCUUGCUUCCUUCCUCCUCGUCGUCUUCGGCUUCGGCGAUGGUAAUCUUGGCGAAGGCUGCAAUACCGCAUAUUCCUCACAAUGCGACACUGUCUUCCGUGCUCGAGCAACCACAUUCGUAUCUCUCACAUGGUUCGCUCUUUUCCUCGCCUGGGAGAUGGUCAAUAUGCGGCGCAGCUUUUUCCGGAUGCAGCCAGGAAGCAAGAGGUACUUCACAGAAUGGAUGUACGAUGUUUGGCGCAAUCCCUUCUUGUUCUGGGCUGUCAUCGCUGGAUUUGUCACUAUCUUUCCGACGCUGUACAUUCCUGUGCUCAACCACGACGUCUUCAAGCAUACAGGCAUUUCUUGGGAGUGGGGCAUUGUUUUCGUCGAGGCGAUUCUCUUCUUCGCAGGCAUAGAAGCAUGGAAAUGGGGCAAGCGUAUCUUCUUCCGCCGCCGUGCCCGCAAGAUGGGUCAGACUGGAGAUGAUUUGGAGAAGAGGGCAUACGGCGAGUUCAUUGACUCCAGUGGGAAUAGCAGUGCUGUUGAUGUUGGCGCACGGGACGAGAAGCAUUCUGCACAGACAUCGUGA